UCUCUCUGUCUGUCUGGGCCCAUCCGUCUCACAAAGAAAAGUUCCUCCUGACCCACAAACGCUAUCUGACAACAACCUUUGCCACAUACACUCCUGUGUGUGUGUGUGUGUGUGUGUGUGUGUGUGUGUGUGUGUGUGUCGGCACAGUUUGACAGUAAACACCACACCUCCCAGCCUUGAAGAGUGGAAGAAGAAGACGUGAGGAGUUACUUAUUGUCAAAAAGAUGCGAAGUUUUUGACCGAUCGAGCUGGUCUGACUGAAGUUUUGGGACUGACAAGAUGCGUUCCAGUGUGGAUGGACCACCGCACCCCCUUGAUAGAGGAGGCACGACAAACAACAACAACAGCAGCAGUGAAAACAGUGGAAACUCCGGUUCCCAGUAUGCACUAUGUGCUCUGGGGGUGGGGCUUGUUGCCCUCGGCAUUGUGAUGAUUGUGUGGAGCGUGGUACCUGCAGACUCCGUCGGUAAUAACAGCAGCAACUCAGGUGAAGUUGAUACUACUGAUAACAGGAAACAUAAAGCGUCCUCUGUGGCCUUCGUCUUGGUGGGGUCUGGGGUGGCCAUGCUGCUGCUGUCCCUGUGUCUGGGAAUGAGGAACAAACAGCGGGAGCAGCAGAGGCUCCUGGAGGCCCAGAACCAUGCAGGAGUGGCAGCGAGGCAGCGGGAGGAAAGAGAAAUUGCUGAGGAACAAGCCCAGCGCUACGCUGUACCCAGCUAUGAAGAGGCAGUGGGCAGUGGCCAGUAUCCUGUCCGUCAGAGUAACCUUCGCCCAAGCACCUCCCAGCUACCUUCCUACGAUGACCUUGUUGAAGUCGAUGGUGUACAGUAUGAAUUCGAGGGGUCAGAGGUCCCAACUUUUGAAACACAGCCUGCUCCGGCUUCCACUGCUCCCACAGCUCCCACUGCUGCUGCUUCUGCAUCAAAUCGCAGACCUGUAAAAAACAGUCGUAAGCUCCUCCCUAUCAAGAUCCGUAGGAUUAAAUCAGAGAAGCUGCACAUGAAAAACACUGAUAACUCUCAGCCGCCAGCUGGAUUUAGUAUAGAACCACUCACUCCGCCGCCACAGUAUGAGGAUAAAGUGCCUCCGAUUUGAGAUCAAGCUGACGGUUUUAAACUAUCUACUGAAACUCUUGGAAUUUCCCAUGAUCACCUUUUGUGGAUCUGGAUCUGUGUUUUUUAGACCCGAAGAUGGCUCUUCUCGUAGAACAUUUUCAGCGGCACUUUUUCUAAUAAGACAUUGUCUCAUCGGUUCUGAUUAAUCACUUGUGCCAUCACUCUAAAUCAUGUACUCGAAAAAAACUUUUUUUUUGUUUUCUUCAAUUCGGGUCUCUGCACCAGAUACAGACAGUGACGGACAUGACUGCUGGAACCUUCCUCACUGUUUUACUGACUCUGUCACACGGUGGCACAUUGGAUUAAAAGCACACGCCAAAUUCAGUUUUUCUCUAUGUCAAAGUCAUUUUCUUUUUAUGCAUUAUAUUUAUGUACUUCACUGUGCACCGACUGUACACUUGAGGCGACGAUGAACUAGAUCAUGGGACAUUGAUGAGUGGUUAUAGUAAGGAUUUGUGUGCACACUCAAAUAGAUAUGUGCAGGGCACUCAUUUUGUAAAGUGGCUGCUGUUUGGGCAGUGUUUCACCCUGCAAGGAUUUGGAAUACUACUGCCAGCGGUUUACCAAAUAUAGACUUCAUGGUGAGCUACAGAGCAUUGUAUGUGCUCAGAUGGCUUGACCUGAUUUAGUAUGCUGCACAGCAAAUCUCCCACACUGUCAACAAUAUUGUCCCUCCUGGUCAAAUCAGCAACAAUUCUGAUAAUUGUUAAUGGGUGUUGGAGAUAGUCUACUGCCGGAGUCCCUCUCCAGUUCCAUGUUAGCUUCUGUUGGACUAGUUUUGGUUCAGAUGACUUUCUUUAUCAGCCUCCUUGAAAAGGCUGAAAGAUGGUACUGGGGUUUUACAUAUUCUAAGGCACAGUAACAACAGGACAGCACUAUUUAAGAAUCUUCUAUUUUUAACUAAGAUAAAACAAAGCUUCUUAAGCAUUUUUCAGCUACUGCUUCCAUGACUUAGCCACUGGCUUUCUACCAACACCUAAUGGGAAUUAUAGUUUUUAAAUGCUAACAAAUUAUCACUUGAUGUUAUCUUUAGUUAGAAUAUAAAGGCACUCAAAUGUUACUGUCUAUUGCAGCAGUGUGUUUAAGACAAACCCAUGUGCAGUGCAUGGUCUGGUGGAAUGAACUGCAGUUUGAAAAUAUAGUGGAGCUUCAGCUGUUCAUGAGGUUAAGGAUCUGGGUAUUUCUUUACUGAGUAGGAUAAAAUCAAUAAGUUUCUGCACUAAGUCCUUUCGUUUAUUAUGCUAUGAGAAAAAAAGACGCUAAAACUAUCUCACAGAAACACAACUCUGAUAUGCCAACAGCUUAUCGAUUUGUCGUGGUUUAAGAGCAAGCAAACAGCUGCCUGAUUACAGAAUGAGAUUAGCGUGCCAUUAGAGUUGUGAUUCAAGCUCACUGAUGAAAUAUAAGUGGUUUCCACCAACUCCUGAGAAACAUAGUGGGUCUUUGGCUUGCUAAAUUUGAAUUCUCCUUACUAUUAAGUCAUUUAUUUUGUUUCUAUGCUCCUUCUACCAGGCAUAUUGUCAACAUGCAUGUCUCAUGACACUUAACCAGCUGGUCUACCUGUGUGAAAAACUAUACAUUGAGCUUUAGAGUAAUUUGUGAAUUUACAAUUCAACUACCAUGUAAGAGUGUAAACUUGUUGGCUGUCAGUCGGGUAGAAAAUAGAGAGUGUAGUUCCUCCACUUCCACCCUCCCCUAUUGGAUCUUAUUUUGCUAAAAAAAUAUGUAUGAUAGUCUAUAGUGAGAGACCAAAAUUUUUUUGGCCCCUUAUGACAUUAUGCCAUGAUUUAGACACACAAUGUUUGUCAAUGUAAGUUGCAUUUUUCAAGUCAAGAAAGUUGCUGUUUGUUGUAAUAUUUAGUUUUGUGUGAAACCACUCAGUGAACUGUAUUUCUUGCCUUGCAUAUUAUACAUCUCCUACACCAGUUAUCUAAUUAGUCAGGUAACUUAGCUCUGUUCCACACACAAAUGUAAAGCUAUCUUACCUGAUGUGUUUUAGCCAGUGACUGCUGGUCUGUUUAUCAGGUGGCAAGUGAAAGGACGAGCAGCUGUUGCUCGUGUGAGUACGUCCCGGUACAAAGCACACCAACAUAAACAAAGAAAGUUAAAGCAUCAGUUGGAUGACUUGUGUUGGCUUUCUAACGGCGUACUUUCACUUUCCUAUACUAAUAUAGUUUUAGGACAAACUACAAAUUUCUUGACUUGCAGAAAUGAUCUUAGAUUGACAAAUAAAUAUGUGUAAUUCAUGGCACAAUUCAGUGACUACAGUUUUUUUAUGAAAUAAGGACCCAUGGGGGUCCAUUGGCAGGGGAGUGACCUAUAUUUUUGUGCAGCUCCACUGGUCCUCAUUACAUUGCCUUUUAAGGGAAAUAUUUUUCUAGUAAGAAACCAUUUUCUUGAAAGUUGACAGUCUCAUCUCAUGGAGUCUUAAAUGAGUGCUAAUGCUAACUGCACUAACUUCAGUGCCUUUGUGUUCACAACACUGCUGCUCUUCCUAAAACAUUUCAAAAGACAUUGUAAGACUGAACCUGAGCUAUAAUGUUGCUCCUCCAGUGCAGUCUUGCAAACAGCGGGUAGCGGAGGAAGUAUGUGAUAAUGGAGGGAGCUCAUGUGAAUAGUUGAAAGCCUGUAGCCCCUGUAGCCGUGGCGAGCUCUGCAGAGCUGUGAAGGCAGUAGUGUAGUCUCUGCUUCUCUCAGGGCUUGUUUUUGCUUGAAAUGACCAACAGAAAGACUCUUUGACUGUGCAGCUGGGCCAUAACAACAGCAACUAUUGCUCUAUCGCUUGCUCAUCUCCAUUCCUCCAACCACAGCUUGACUUGCAGCCCUGUAUUCAUGUGGAAGUAUGCAGAGAAUGAGCAGAUAAGAGGGGAAAGAGCUGUGCUGGGAGCUGGUUUUAGUUCCAUUACCAUGUACUAUUUUAUCAACACAGACUCAACAAACUCCCCUUUCUUCCUCAUAUUAGAUUGUUUUUAUAUAAACAGCUGGGGCCAAAUUUAAGGAUUUACCAGUCAUUCUAUUGAAUGUUACACAUUUUAUGAUGUUGCACAACUACGUUUUUUUUCCUCUUGUUUUGUGGGACAAAAGACAUUUUUCAUUAGUGACUUCACCAGAUCUACACUGUGUUUGAGUAAAACUCAAUGUAGUUAAAGCAAAAAACUACUCAGAUAAUGUCAGCUAGUUGUAUUGUAUGUAAGUUUGCUGUGAAGUAAAAGGCAACAAGUUCAUUCAGUCACUUUGGGUUUUUCAUUGCAAUUCAAAAUUUAAUUUUUUACAUUUAUGACUUGUUUUGCCUUGCAGCGUAUUAAAUCUUUAUUUUUUUUGUCAUUUUAUGUACUGCAAACAGUCAUCGUACCUCAUUUGCACAGUACCAGUUAACUACAUGAUUGAUUUUAUACUACAUGGUCAAAAAGUUUUACGUUGAUGGAACGAGUGUUUUAAUUUAGCUGCCGCUUUCUGUUUUACUUACACAAGUGCCAGAAGCAUAUGCUGUUUGUUCAUUUAUUAUUGCUUUUUAUUACUCAGAUUUCUUUUUUAUGUAUGUACUGUGAAAUGUGCUUUUCUAUGAUAGUUGUAAUUUGUUUGUGGAAAAUAAUUUUUGUCUUUGAAGAGUAAAAACAAAUUUAUCUCAUGAAUAUUUUAUGAGAAAUAAAAGGAAGUAUUUGUUAAUUAA